AUGUCUUCACAGAAUGCUUCAAUAACACUAACAGAAUUUGUCAUAAGUGGUUUUAACACAACCAAUAGUCCUGUUUUAGUUGGGGUUGUUAUUCUGAUUAUCUAUAUUAUGGCCCUUCUGGCUAAUAUUUUAAACAUCUUUAUUAUUAUACUUGACCAAAAAUUGCAUAAACCGAUGUAUCUUCUGAUUUGUAACCUUGCUGUUGUAGAUAUUCUGUACACCUCUAGUGCCAGUCCAACACUGAUUAGGGUUCUAGUCGCUGGUGUGAAAACCAUUUCAUAUGUGCCAUGUUUAAUCCAGUUGUUUGCAUUUCAUUUAGGAGGUGUAAUGGAGGUGUUUGCUUUGUCAGUUAUGGCAUUUGAUCGAUUGAUUGCUGUCAGUUGUCCUUUUCAUUAUCACAUAUAUUUAACAAAUUCACGCAUUCUUGUUCUUACGUACAUUUUGUGGAUUAUUUCCCUUGGUUUUGCAGCUGUUUUCCCUGCAACUGUAAUUCCUCUCUCUCACUGUAAUGCAUUGCUGAAGUAUGCUUUCUGUUCAUAUGCUGCUGUGGUACGAACCACUUGUGUUAACCCUGAAUACUAUUUUAAUCUGUCUGCGAUCAUCAUAUUUUUCCUGACAUUUUUCACUUUCAGUUUUAUUUGUUUGUCUUAUUGUGGAAUUGUAUUUUUUGUAAGAUCAUUAUCAAAUAAUGACAAAAAGAAAAUAGGCAGCACUUGUUUGAGUCACUUAAUUGUGGUAAUAUGUUAUUACUUUCCAAUAUUUAUCCUUAGUAUCUUGACCAGGUUUGGUGUGGUGUUAAGUCUUGAAGAACAUAAUGGCUUAUUAAUUGGUACAAUUCUCGGCCCAUGUCUUGUUAAUCCUUUUGUGUACUGUCUUAGAACAAAAGAAAUUAAAAAUAAAAUCAUUAGGGUGUUUAAACAUGUAUGA